GAAAAUCUCGGUGGUUGUGUAUUUCGCGCGUCGCCCGGACAGUGAUCAUUACCCGUAGCUUAAACUUAACAUUGUCUUAUUAUUUGUCUAUUACGUAAAUUAUUUAAUAAUAAAUAUCAAAAUAAACACAUUCAUAAAUCUAUACAUAUAUAUAUGUAUAUCUAAAUAAAUAUAUAAACGUGUAUUUGAAAUUAUCGAGUGUUAAAAUGAGGAGAGCAUCAUUAGAUAAACCAGCUAGUAAAUAUAAUUACGGAAGCAACAUAAUUUACAACUACGCAGUAUCGACAAAUUUAAAAAAUGUUGAAAAUAAACGUUUGAUAUUUCAAACAUCAUCGACAUCAUCACCGCAAACAUCAAACACUAACAAUAUCAGUAUACAGCGGAGUUUUUCCGCAGAUAAUGUUAUAAAAACGCGCGGAUUCAAACCUUCUGACAGACACGAUCCUGUUAAGAGAAAUUUUCUCGAAAAUCUUACCUCGAAAAUACUACAUUUCGAUAUGGAUAGCGGACAGAAAACACUACCAAUAAGUUUACAAAAACUUCUUACCCCUGCAAUGGAUUCAGUCGAUUUGCAGACUAGGCAUAAAAAAAUGUAUGCAUCAUCAUGUUUUUACGGUCCAACUCACCCCACUGUUGAAGAUCAAGUAGAACUCGCUCGGCGAAUUUCUUAUUCAUUGAGCGACGUUAAAAAUAUGAAAAGUAAAGGGCAGUCGAUGUAUGUCAAUAGAAAAAAACGAUCUGUCAAGUGGAUUCAUGACGGAAAUGGCGCCGAAGGAGAAGAAGAACCUCAAUCGCCCGUGCACAAGGAUAAAGUACCACUGAAAUGCGUAAUGAAUCCAAAUGGAAAAGUAAUGGACAUUACCGGCAUUCAAGCAUUAGGCGAAGAGCCCAAUAUUGGUACGAGUCCAAUAAAUGCUGAGAAACUUUUUGAUAUUGUACGUGAUUUAAACAAUCAGAAAGGACGCGGCGCUGAAAUUUUUGCGAAACGUAGAAAAAGGUCAGAAAAGUGGGUUGUAGAUAAAGAUCAAUCGUCAACGCCAUCCACGCCUAAUUAUUCUAAAGUACCUCCUAAUUUUUCAUCCAAUAUGGACUACGGAACGAACGAAAACUCAAACUUUAAUAAUAAUUCACCUUUGUCAACUCCAGCAUUUCAAAAUAAUAAUAAUAAUAACAAUAAUAAUAAUAGUCAUAACAAUAAUAAUAAUUCAAAACCAUUUUUUAAUCCAUUUGCUAUGGAUUUUUCUUUAGAUAACACAAUACCUUCAAAAAAAGCUAAAAAAAUCAUGCUUGUACGCUUUGCACGGCAUUUAAAUUUUUCAGAGCACGAAUCACGUCGUAAGCCGACAGAAAAUAUUUUACGCAAACCCGCGGAACCCGAAAUUAAGAAAAUUUAUUUGCGUGAAGUCGCAGUCGGUACUGACUCUGAUUUGACUAACGGUAAACAUAUGAAUAAUAAUCAUCAUAAUCAUCACAAUCAUAAUAAUCACAAUAACAAUAACAACGGCUAUGAAAAAUAUCGCAUGCCUGAGUCAGAUCGUUAUCAACCUCAUCCUCAAUCGCGUCGCAAAGCCCAGGCUCAAUAUCACCAAAAUGACUAUCGCGAAGUACGGGACACCCGCAAUAGUAACCGUAGUUAUGACAAUCGUAAUAAUAAUCAUAAUAAUGAUACCCGCGAACAUUAUCGUAGUCAGCGUCAACAGCAAAAGCAACAGAAACAUCAGCAGCUGCAAGAAGAACAAGAAUAUGAAGACGAAAAUGAUUACACACCGGUGCCAGUUAAACAACUGAUCCAGGAAUUUGAAAAAACAUGUCGUCCUGUUUUUCAAUACAAACAAAUGAGCCCUAAAGUCACUAUUGUCCAACAACAUCCACCGCUAGAUGAUAUUUCGCGCUUUUUUGACGCUCCGCGUAUGCCUGCUAACAAACAAAUCAAUAAUAACAAUACUCCCAUGAAUGGGGUCAAUGGAAAUGGAAAUCAAAUGGCAAUGAAUGGAAACCAGGUCGGAAUCAAUGGAAACCAUUUGAUGAUAAAUGGAAAUCAAAUGGGAAUGAACGGUAACCACUUGGUGAUGAAUGGAAGUCAAAUGGUGGGCAAUGGAAAUGGUUAUCAAAGAAGUUAUCCCAAAAUCGGUUAUCAGUCAAUGGGCGGUAAUGGAUUGAGAUACGAGUAUGAUUCAUCAGAUGACGAAAUAGAUGAUUCAUUUGGGGAAUCCAGUGAAUCAAUGGAUAAUUUAAAUAUCGAUGACUAUGAGGGGGGUGGCGGUAUCAGAAAUGGCUCUCGUUAUUCAAAUGGCACAAGAAUCUCUGACACAAUUAGCAACCAAAUGUCGGGAAUGAGUAAUAGCCGCAUGUCGGGAAUGAGCAACCGAAUGUCAUCAAGUGAUUGCGACUACAGAAGACAAUUGUUUGAUGCUGCUACUGAUCAAUUGUUUGAAGCGCCCGCGGGCUUUAGAAAUGAGGAUAUGGACAGUAUUAACAAGUUCAUUGAUACAGAAGCUGAAAUACCCAUUCAGAUGAAGUCAUUAAUUCUAAAAGGAAUCACUUCACAAGAGGAUAUUCUUGAACAAAUAAAGCUGUUGCGCAGAACUCCAGUUCUGGAAAAUUUAAUACCCGGACCGCCAAUUGACAGUGCUAAAUUAUAUGAGAGUACUUACAGCGGCCCUAAAAUAGCAAGUGUCCAAACCCUCGCAAAUUACAACACAGCGCCACGUGGUUGGGAUCAGUCACAAUCUUUUUAUCGUCCAGUGACAUUUGAUAAACCUCAGGAACCAAUAACUUACUCUGAUUUUUAAAUUAAAAAUUUUAAUUGCCUAUUGUUAUUUAAUUCAUUUUAAAUCGUUGUACUUAAUCAUUAUCAAUUGCAACAAUUACCCAAAUAAAAAUAAUUAUCAGUCUUCAUUCUAAUUCCCAAUAUGGAUUUUGUUUCCCUGGAGCCUGUGAAUAUAAAUAUAAUAAAUAAAUUUAUUUAAUAUGAUGGUAUUUGAAUAAGUGAUAAAUUUGAAUUUAAAAAAAAAAUUCGUUUUGCUUGUGCGUAUUUUAUUUUUAUUUUAAGUUAUUUAUUAUUAUGUGCUUCGUGCCUUAUUCCAUUUAUUCUCCUCAAUAUUUUUUUUUUCUUAUAAAUAUAUACAAACAUAUAUUAAUAUUAUUAUUGUUCAAUUGUAAUUACGUAAGUUAAGAAAAAAGAAAAAGAUUAGAAUCCUUAG